UAUUUUUUCUUUCCUAUUCCGGUUCGGUUUCUUUCUCUCCAAGCACGUUGCUUUCCUCCUCGUCUCCUCUUGUUCCUCUCUCUCUCUCUCUCUCUCGCGCGCGGCCUGAGAAAGAAAUUAGCCUCGAAUAUCUCUCAUUUCUGAAAGAUCUUCUAACUUUCUACCCUCUUUAUUCCUCAACCUUCAGCCAUGUCUGUGUCUAGGGUUUUGUCACGUGUCUCGAGCACUGUCUGUGGACGCACCUUGUUAAUCUCUGCUCCGGCGAGGAAUCAGCUUCCGAUCCUCCUCCAGCAAUCCCACUCUCUUGUAAAUGAAUCGCGAAGCAAGGUUGUUGCGAGUCAGGUGUCCCUGUUCCACCAUUCAACAUUGAAUUCCACCAUUUUUCAACGUUUUGGGAUGUCUUCAUCUGCAUCCCCUGAACGUAAUGAAAAAGAGAAUGGAACGGGUACAGAACCCACAAAAACCAAUGGAGAUGCAGGUGGAGAGCAGGGUCCAGAAGAGGCUAAAGUGACUGAUCAAACAAAAGAAUCAGAUUCAGAGAGUGAUGGUGACUUGUCAAUGGAUGAUAUGGUGAAACUUUUGGCGGAGAAAGAAGAGCUUCUGACGAUUAAGCAAAAAGAAAUUGAACAAAUGAAAGACAAGGUUCUUCGUACCUAUGCUGAAAUGGAGAAUGUCAUGGACAGGACAAGACGGGAAGCAGAAAACUCUAAAAAAUUUGCCAUACAGAAUUUUGCGAAGAGCCUGUUGGAUGUAGCAGACAAUUUGGGAAGAGCUUCUUCGGUUGUCAAAGAGAGUUUCUCAAAAAUUGAUGAGUCUAAAGAUACUGUUGGAGCUGCAGCACUGCUAAAGACACUUCUUGAAGGGGUUGGAAUGACUGAGAAACAGCUUGGAGAGGUAUUUAAGAAGUUUGGAAUAGAAAGGUUUGAUCCUUUAAAUGAGCCAUUUGAUCCAAAUAGGCAUAAUGCAGUAUUCCAAGCUCCCAAUGCCUCCAAGCCCCCAGGCACAGUUGCUGUCGUUCUGAAGUCAGGAUACAUGCUCUAUGAUAGAGUUAUCCGGCCGGCUGAAGUUGGCGUAACUCAAGAA